UUUACCUCGAACUUUCGGCUAAGAAAUUGAUUGCAGUUGACAUUAGAAUCGAGCGACCGAUGUGGUGCUCACGAUCUUAGCGAUCGCGUAUAGAAAAAUUAGUAGAAUUCGUGAUAUUGGAAACGCGUUCGGCCACGCCCGUGACUGUGUUCAUUUUGAAAAAAUGGUGAUCGGGAUUGCUACUUGCUCGAUCUUUGGCUUGAUUUUCUGCGCGAUCGUCGCUUUCUUUUUCUUCCAUCCUCAGAAAUUACGCUUGCACCGGAAACUCGGGAAAUUUCCUGGUCCGCCGACGCUUCCGUUCAUCGGGAACGCUCACUACUUCAUCGGGGAUUCGAGCCGCAUUUUGGACAGCGUGACCAAAUUGAUGGACUCUUAUCCUUCUCCGUUCAAAAUUUGGCUGGGCGAUCGACUUUUUUUCGCGGUUUACGAGCCCGAGCAAUUGAAGACUGUUUUUCUGAGCCCAAAAACUAUCGAAAAGGAUGCGCUUUACCAGCUCGCAAAUCCUUGGCUAGGAAGCGGUUUAUUCACGGCACCGGCUGACAUCUGGCGAAUUCACCGAAAAUUAAUCGCCCCGACGUUCAAUGCCAAAAUACUGGAAUCUUUCGUCGAAGUAUUUGCUAAACAAUCAGAAAUAAUGACGAAACUUAUGAGCAAGGAAUUGGGAGGCGGAGAUUUCGAUGUAUUCGAAUAUGUUUCCUUGUGCACACUCGACAUUGUCUGCGAAACUGCGAUGGGGGUCACAGCGCAAGCUCAAGUCGAGAAAGACAGUCGUUACGUCCAUUCAGCAAAAAGAGCGUUCGAAAUCAUUUGGCAGAGGGCUUUCAAUAUACUGCUUCACUCUGAUUUCAUAUUCAAUUUAACAAAAUUGUGUCGAGACCAACGGGAGUGCAUUAAAUAUUUGCACGGGAUGACAACCGACGUGAUACGACGAAAGAAAAGAGCAAGCAACGGAAUCGAGUGUCGUGUGGAGAACGAAAAUUUGGGGCAAGGAUCGACGACUAGGAAAGCAUUUUUGGAUCUGUUGAUGGAACUGUCGAACGAUGGUACGAAAUUUACGGAGCAGGAACUCGAGGACGAAGUUAACACGAUGAUGAUAGCGGGCAACGACACAACGGCGACGGUCAACACAUUCGUCUUGCUCAUGCUCGCGAGUCAUCCCGAGGUCCAGGAAAAAGCGUACGAGGAGCUCUGCGAUAUUUACGGUGACGAAAUUUCUACCGACAGACCCAUCCGGAACGAAGAUCUCAGUCGCAUGCUUUACUUGGAGAGAGUUAUCAAAGAAACCUUGAGACUUUUCCCCGUCGGACCGAUUCUCGUUCGUCAAGUUCGAGAAGAUCUCGAAUUGGGUGGUGGCACUCUGCCGAAGGGAACCUCGGUGGUCAUAGGUCUUCUGAAGCUUCAUCGUUGGCAAAAGAUUUGGCCGGAUCCAUUGAACUUCGAUCCGGAUCGGUUUUUACCCGAGCAAGCGGCGAAACGUCAUCCGUACAGUUUCGCCCCUUUCAGCGCCGGACCCCGCAAUUGUUUGGGUCUCAAGUACGCGAUGAUAGCCAUGAAAGUUCUACUGGCCACCGUGCUGCGGCGUUAUGUUCUGAUAAAAGACGAAAUUCUGGCUAUCGGAGACAUAAAACUGAAAGCCGAAGUUGUUUUGAAGCCUGUAAUCCCUAUAAGACUCAGGAUAGAGAAGAGGUCGAGCAAACUUCCGAGGUCCAUCAUCAACAUGAUCGGUUCUACCGCAACUCUCUGUCUCACCAUGAUUUUUGGUGCGAUUGUAUUUCUUUUCCAUAGUCCCUAUCGCAAGUUUGCGCGCUUGUACGAAAAAGCUGCAAAUUUUCCUGCUCCACGGAUGCUCCCUUUUAUCGGGCACGCUCAUUAUUUCAUCGGGAACACGACUCACAUUAUGAGCACGAUGAUGAAAUGGCUGUCCACUUAUCCCUCACCGUUCACCAUUCGAUUGGGCGCUCAUGUCAUAUUCGCUGUUUAUCAACCGGAACAACUAAAGACAAUUUUUCUCAGUUCGAAAACUAUCGAGAAGCCCCAUUUCUACAAGUUCUUCGGCCCCUGGCUAGGAAACGGUUUAUUCACGGCGCCGGCCAAAAUAUGGCGGUCUCAUCGGAAACUAAUAGGACCCACUUUCAACAUGAAAGUCCUGACGUCAUUCGUAGAGAUAUUUGCAAACCAGUCGGAAAUAAUGGUAAAACGAAUGAGCCAGGAAUUGGGAGGCAAAGAUUUUGAUGUAUACAAAUACAUCACUCUGUGCACGUUGGACAUAGUCUGCGAGACCGCGAUGGGAGUUUCUGCAAAGAGUCAAUUGGAAAAAGACAGUCGUUACGUAGUUUCCGGCGAGAAAGCUUUUCAGACAGUUUGCAAAAGAAUGUUCAAAAUAUGGUACCACCCCGAUAUUAUAUUCAAAUUCACUGAAUUGUGUCGAGAGCAGAACGACUGUAUAAAGUGUUUGCACGAUGUGACGAACAGCGUGAUUCAACGAAAAAAAAAUGAACUUAAGAGCAGAGACUGUUCCUGUUUGAACGACGAUGAUUAUUUUGAAGAACGAUCGCCGAGGAAAAAGGCUUUUUUGGAUCUUUUGAUAGAAUUGUCAGAGAACGGUGCAAAACUCUCAGAAGUUGAACUGCGCGACGAAGUUAAUACGAUAAUGAUAGCGGGUAACGAUGCGACGGCAACGGCCAGCGCGUACGUCAUGUACAUGCUCGCCAAUUACCCCGACAUUCAAGAAAAAGUGUACGUAGAAUUGCACGAAAUUUACGGUGACGAAGUUUCGUCCGAAAAUCCUAUAAAAAGCAAAGACCUCGAGCUCAUGGUUUAUUUGGAGAGAGUCAUCAAAGAGACUCUGAGACUUUUCCCAGUUGUACCGAUGUUCCUUCGCGAGCUUGACGAAGAUAUUGAUAUCGACGGGGGACGCAUCCUGCCGAAGGGCGGUAUAGUCUUGUUAGCCGCUGUUGAAGUUCAUCGCUUGGAAAGUGUCUGGCCAGAUCCAUUGAAAUUCGAUUCAGAUCGGUUCUUGCCUGAACAAGUGGCAAAACGUCAUCCGUACAGCUACAUUCCUUUCAGUGCCGGACCCCGUAAUUGCAUUGGAUUGAAGUACGCGAUGAUGGCCAUGAAGGUUAUGUUGGCCACUGUUUUGCGUCGAUACGUCCUGAUUAAGGAUGAAAAAAUCGUUAAUAUCAAAGACAUCAAAUUCAAGUCCGAAGUUUCUUUGAAGCCCGUCGUCCCCCUCGAGCUAAGGAUCGUCCGAAGACAGGGGUUCUAAUAAAAUAACCACUCGUUGCAACAA